AUGUCGAAACCCAGGAUCCUCUGCCUCCACGGGUCGGGGUCCAAUGCGCGCAUCUUCGAAGCGCAGACGGCACGGUUAGGCAUGUCGAUCCGGAAGCACUUUGACCUGGUCUUCGUGGACGCACCCGUCGAGUGCGACGCGGGGCCGGGCAUCCUGCCGUUUUUCGAGGGCGAGGAGCCGUUCCGGCGCUGGCACGACGAGGUGGACGAGGAGGGGCGCAAGGACCGCGCGGGGCGGCACGCGCAGCAGAUGGAGCGCGUCCGCGAGCUGCUGGUGGGCGCCGUGGGCGAGAAAGGGCCGUUUGCGGGCGUGCUGGGCUUCUCGCAGGGGGCCAAGACGGCGAUGCAGCUGCUGUUGCUGCAGGCGGAGCGGCCGGCGGCGGCGGCAGAGGCGGGGAGCGGCAUCAGGUUCGGGGUGUUUGUGUGCGGGACGACGCCGGCCGAGGACCUGCUGCUGGGGCAGCGCGGCGAGGGCGAGGGGCGGCCGGCGGAGGUGGUGGUGCGGGUGCCGACGGUGCACGCGUUUGGUGAGGCGGACCAGUGGCGCGAGCUGAGCGAGCAGCUGCCCCAUUACUGCGACCCCGCAACCCGUCGCGUCUUCCGCUACACCGGCGGCCACCACAUGCCGCACCUGCCCGCCCAGAGCCAGCAGCUGGCCGACCUCAUCCUCGACGCCUACAGGGAGGCCGGCGCGCGCGCGUGA